CUGUUUGAAUGCUGUGCGGAAACAGGGAAGCAGUCAGACAGCCUCGCAACCGUUUUGACGACUGAGCCGCAGCAUAAUGCGGUUAGCUAGCUAAGUUUCUGGGCUUUGGUGUGUUUCACGCGUUACCACGUUUGAUGACAGGUAAACGGCAAGUUUAAGUCGUGUUUCGUCGACAAGCUGUUUUGUUUUUCCACCGGCCGUAAGCUCAUGAAUGUGCCUUGCUAACAUAGCUGGCUAACGUUAGCUAGCUAACUGCGUAGCAGCCGAAGCGUGCCGAUAGCUACUCCAUAAUGUGACGCUGUUCAGGUCGCUAACUUUAACUCUGUCGUCGUCACUCUUGUGGUCGUGGUUGGCGGACCGCCGUGGACACCGAGCGUCGCGUGAACAGGUACGAAACACGAGAGCGAGGAUGAGUUGGCGUCGGAGGUUCUGAAGAAAUAAAGUGACGCGAUAAAGUUAGCGAGGCUCCGGUCGCGACGCAGCCGACACCACCGCGGGUGUCAGUGACAGAAGAGAGAGAGCGGAUCGUCAUCGGUCAGCUAAGUUGAUCUGAAAGUAACGAGGUGGGGGCAAAAAAAUGAAAGUUGUGGAGAGAAACGUGAUGCGCCUGGUGGCCGUGCAGCACCUCCGAGCAGCCUACGGCAUCAAGACAAAGAACUGGAACAAAAACAAAGCGGCCAGCUGCAAGUCGACAGCCAGCAACUCGACCAAGGUUUUUGGGGUGUCCCUGGAGAGCUUACCAUACUACAAUAUGGAAAGUGGGAGCGUGCCAAGCUUUCUGGUCGAUGCAUGCAUGAAACUAAUGGCACAUGUCGACACGGAGGGGCUGUUCAGAAAAUCAGGCUCUGUCGUCCGUCUGAAAGCACUCAGGGCUAAACUGGAUGCGGGCGAGGAGUGUCUGUCCACUGCGCUUCCCUGUGACGUGGCCGGUCUGGUCAAGCAGUUCUUCAGGGAGCUGCCGGAGCCCUUGCUCCCAACGGAGCUGCAGGAGGCCUUCCUCAAGGCCCAGCAGCUCUCCGCCGCGGAGGACAGGACCUCCGCCACCACGCUGCUGUCCUGUGUACUUCCCGACAGAAACCUCGGUGUCCUGCGUCACUUUUUCGACUUCCUUCACAAUGUGUCUCAGAGGAGUGCAGAGAACAAGAUGGACAGCAGUAACCUCUCUGUGAUAUUGGCUCCCAAUCUCCUUCACUCAGGAGACACUGAGAAGAUGAAUGCCAACACCGAGAAGCGUCUCAAGCUCCAGGCGGCCGUAGUGCAGUGCUUCAUAGAGAACGCCACCAGCUUCGGCGUGUUGCCGCAGUUUCUUCAGGCGAAGGUUCCAGCCAUGAUGGGCUGUGAGCAGGGGAUUCUGUCCCCUACUCACGACGAACACGAGGAGCUGGAAUUAAACUCAGGAAUGAAAAAGAGGCACAGACGCAGCUUCGGAGAUUUGGUCAAUGGUGCUCUGAAUAAGAUAAAAACUAAUAGAACACCCACACAUGCCAGCCAGUCAGACAGUCUCGUCUUUUCCUCUGCAACUCCUGUGAUUGCAACACCGACAUCCAAGCGAAAACUUCCUCUGGAAUCUGGUCACUCGUUUGGAUUCUCAAACAAGAAGCGUAGAUCAGUCAAAAAGAGCCUCGGGAUAGAUCUACUCCCUAACCCACUGUUCAGCGGAGUUUCCACUCCGGGAUCAGCUUUCAGUGCCUCUGGGGUCCUGGACUCUUCCCAGAACGCCCCGUCCCCCUCAGGGAGGUCCAGAAGGCAGUCGGUCACCUCGACAAGGAGGAAGAGCCGACGACUUAGCAACAGACAUGCUAUCAAUAGAGUUGAGUCCGGAAGGGCCGGCUGCUUUUCACCUAAAGCCGGCAAGAAAGAAGCACCUCGCAAGUCCCUGCGCUUGCGUUUCAGUCUGGGGAAGAGCAGCAAAGAUGCUGGGUCUGAGUCCAUUGGCUGGCGACUUGCCACCCAGGAGAGCACCACCGGUUUCCGUUUCACCAAAGAGACUGAGUUCAGUCCGUCGGUUCUGCCGAGAAAAACUGAAUGCAAGAGCACCAAGUACAUCAGUAAGUCUGAAGACAACCUGCUGACCCCACAGUGUGACCCGAGUGCCAACCGGACCUUGUGGAGUGCAGUGACCCCCGUGGGAGCCCAGGUGUUCGGCGGAGGCUCUUUCUCAGAUACGCCCAUGAACGUGUGCCUGAAGAACACCUACGCCUCGGAGCCGGCCAUCGUCACGUCCAAGCCUCCGGCCGCGAGCAGCAUCCCCAAGAAGCUGUGUUGUGCCUCCAGCGCAGAGAGCCUCGACGGCGAGAGCCCCAGCACCGAACCUGCGAGCCGAACCGGUCCCCCCCUGCUGAAAAUCGAGAAGGCCUUCACAGAGUCGGGCGGUGACCUCCGGGCCGUCGUACAGGACUCCCGCUGUUCCGCCGCAGCAAAUGCGACAAAUUCAUCAGACAGCGUCCCAAUGCCUCCACCAGAGACUCCUACAGUCAAACUUCUGGAUACCGAGGCUUCCAGCUUCCCAGCCAAGCAGAGCUUUCUGGCUAACGAGCAGAACAUUACCUUUGGGCAGUUUGAAAUAGCUGCUCUGUCUCCGUUGCAUAUCGAUAGUGUAGUAUUUGAACCUGGUGUAUACUGCAGUCCGGCAUUUAAGGCUGAUAAAGUAGUAGUCUGUAGUUCUAACAGCUCCAUGGUGGGAGACUGUGAAAGUGAGGCCGAGCGAGCGAACUGCAGCAGGCUGAUCGACGCGCUGGACAUCCAGAGUCCCGCCCACUUCAAACUGGGCGUCGCCUCCGGGCUGCAGUCCACCCCGUACAAGCUGGGCCUUGAGCUCCGACACCAGCGCGGUACGCCUCCCAGAGCUGCUACUGCAGUCGGCACAGUACAAGAACAAGAUGAAUUUUCUGCAGAGAUCGCCACCAAAGCCCCGAACCAACCACCGCUCUCACCACACAGCCUGGAGAGAGAGCAGCUCCGGGUGGCCGAUCACAUUCAACACUUCAACAAGCUCACCCUUUACUCUCCCCGGGGCGCCAAGGGCGGACAGUUGAGGUCGCCGCUCAAGUUCCAGCGCACCCCCGUGCGCCAGGCUGUCCGAAGGAUCAACUCCCUCUUGGGAGAGAGCAGGAGGCCGACGAGAAGCAGCCUGGGCGGUCAAGUGGUGAAGGCGGUGAGCCUGGAGAGCGGCCUCUCCCCUCACCCACAGCCUCACCCGCCAGCGGGACGGGCCAACAGCGCGUGCCCCAUGAAAAAACCACCCCCGGUCCCGCCCAGAAAGCCAAGAACCUUGGCCCGUAAACCCAGGCCCUGCGCUUUAGGCGACGUGACCAACCAGGUCCAACCAAAGAGCAGAGCGGACUCUUCUGUCUGCGAGGCGUCGGGGGCUCAGAAGCCCGUCGUUCAGCAGGUCGCAGAGAAAGAAAUGAACCAUUACAGGGGUUCGCCCAGGAACCCCCUGAACCAAGGACGACUGCUGUCUGCCACCAAGCCUGUCGAUUUAUAGUUCCUCCUUCUCUUUGUUGCCUUUUUUGUUUCCUCUCACUAUGCAGGUCUCUGGUCAAACUACAUGAUGUUAAACAUCCCAACUUAUUCCAUCCUUCAGGGUCUUAAUUUAUUUUUAGCAGCAGCACAGUAGGUGCCGUUUGUGUCAAGUUAGGGUCUUUAUUGGGAGACGUACAUACGCCUUAUUUGUUUUACUCUAGUGAAACAAGUUUAGAAACUAAACAAGAUUAUAUGAUAAAUAGCGUUGUAGUGUUUAGGCCGAAUCAUGUGACGUGUGAUUGAGGGUAUGGCUGGAAAUAUUUUUUGAUCAAUUUUUUAUGCUUUUAUUUAUGCAUUUUGUAUCUAAUCCUUAGUUAGAUGUUUACUGAAGUUGAAGCUGUUUAUUUUUUUUGAAUUACAAAUAUUGUCUUAACUAUUUUCCUCAUGUACAGAGAAGAAAAAAGAUGCACCUUUUCGUUGGAUUUUGUUGAAAAGUAAAGAAAAAAGCCAAGCAGUAUUGAUUAAAUCAUCUGUCUAUCACAACCUAUUAAUUUCAAAACCAUCAAACAGUAAAAAUGCUUUGUCAUGUGAACCGCUUCAGACCAAUAAAAAAAUCAAAGGAUAUGUAA